GUAAAUUUGUAUUUAAAGAAAUGAGUUAUGUCGCCGUUCCUUCAUUUUGAUCUUAUUCGUUAACUUUCAAAAAGGCAGUUACAUUUUUAAUAAAAAGCUUUGUGUCCAUAGUGACAAGCCAGUGCCCCGAACUAAUGACUGAUUUGUUAUGAUCUUUUAGUUUUAUUUGAAUGAGAUUUCUUAAAAAAUCUACGUAGAUGAGCAAAAAGUCAGUAUCCGUGUCAGCGAAAGCUAAACACAGAAAUAACUCAUCCAGAGAUCGUUCUUCUUCCACUACAAUGGCAAAAUCAGGAGAAGAAGAGUGGUUAGCAGCUGAUAUUGAAGAGCAUGCAAAAAUGAUGAAGAAACUUAUAAAUAACACUGAAUUCAGUGAUAUAAAAUUCCUCAUUGGCCCUAGCAGAAAACAAAUACAUGCUCAUAGAUGUAUAUUAUCAGCACGGUGUGCAGUCUUCAAAGCAAUGUUUGCAGAGAAACCAACAGCAGGUGAUAAAGAAAUACCAUUUGUUUUGUCAGAUAUGGCUCCUGAUAUAUUUCUUACUAUGUUGGAGUACAUAUAUACAAACUGUGUUACACUUUCACCAAAAUCAGCAUUAGAUGUUUUAGCCACAUCCCUGGAGUAUGGGCUUGAUGGCUUAAGAGAUCUCUGUGUGGAUUACUUGGAAAAUAAAUUAUCAGUUAGUAAUGCCUGUGAUGUAAUGCAAGCGGCAGUAACUUACAAUCAGAAUGAUUUGAAAGAAAAAGCCUUGGAUUUUAUUGAAGACAACACUGAAGAAGUAUUUAAAUCAAAAAGCUUUCAAGAAAUAAGUGAAGACACUUUGGUCUCUAUUUUACGAUCUAAUAGACUGAACAUGGAUGAGGUGGAUUUGUACAAGGCUGUGAAAGAAUGGGCAACGAUCAGUGCGGUUGUCAAUAAUAAACAGUUACAUGAGGUGGCUAGGGAUGCUGUCAAAAAUAUAAGACUGCCACUUUUGACACCCAGUGAACUCAAAGGCCUGGAAGAGGAUAACAAAAAAGAUCAUUUUAUUCCAGUUGAGCACUUUGCCUCAGCCUGGAGGGUGCAUGCCCUAAAAGAAGGUGAUAAGGAAAACAUCUUGUCUUGUUGUAGACGUGGUACAACCCCACGAGAUCACCAUAAAUAUUUGUCAGACAAUUCUCAUGCUGCUUAGUAUAAAUAAUGAGAUUGCUAUAAAUAUUUGUCAGACAAUUCUCAUGCUGCUUAGUGUAAAUAAUGAGAUUGCUAUAAAUAUUUGUAAAAUAAUUUUCAUGCUGUAAAAGUGUAAUUAAUUUUUGUUUUUAAGUAAGUUACUGUUAUUAGAAAUGUUUAAAUUUUUAAACUAGCUUUAAUUUUAAUAACUGUUUAUACAAAACAUUAGAUUUACUGGGUUUUUUAAUUAUAGACAGAUGUAAAUAAAAAAUCUUCUUUAGUUUACUUAAACAUUUAUUGUUCAUUACAAACUUGUAUAUAAUGAAUACUUAAUUAUUGUAAAAAAAAAAGUACAUUAUUGUUAUGACAUUUUUAUAGUUCAUUGAGAAAAGCUUUAAAAAAUGGCCAACACAGUGGGCUAAUCAGAAGUUUGCUGACAUGUUUUUUAAUGAAAAAAAAAUGAAAUAAAAACUAUGUUACUAGAUACAAGUUACGAGCAACAGAAAGAAAUGAGGAGAGUUACAUUCAAAUAUCAAAUAUUUGGCUUCAUAACACACAUUUAACUCUAGUCAUUUCUACUUAGCUAAUAUUUUUGUGUUACGUUACUCUUUUAUUGUACACAACAAUGAAUUGGUU